GAUUGGAGCGGCGACAACAGGAGGCGGCAGACGGGUACAGCGCGCUCUGCGCUCACGACGGGAGCUCCCCUUCUUCCUGAAGCCAGGACCGUACCUUCUCCUCCGCCGGGCCGGUAGCCACGGCCGCUGCUGCUGCCCCCCGCCGCAUCCCCGCCGCCGCAUCCCCGCCGCCACAUCCGCGGCGCCCGCAGCAGGAGGAGAAGACGCGCCGGGCCGCCGCCGCUGGAGGGAAUCCCAGCUGACACUCGCUCCCUCCUUCGGCCGUUGAGUCUGCCCUCCCACGGGGUCUCCGCUUUCUCCUCCCCGCCGCCAGCUCCUGCUCUCCGCCGCGAUGGGGCUCCUGGACUCCGAGCAGGGCAGUGUCCUGAAUGUGGUGUCCACGGCGCUCAACGACACGAUGGAGUUCUACCGCUGGACUUGGUCCAUCACAGAUAAACGUGUGGAAAAUUGGCCUCUAAUGCACUCUCCAUGGCCUACGCUUUGUAUAAGUACUCUUUAUCUCCUAUUCGUGUGGCUGGGCCCGAAGUGGAUGAAGGCCCGAGAACCUUUUCAGAUGCGCUUGGUGCUUAUUGUCUAUAAUUUUGGGAUGGUUUUGCUUAAUUUGUUUAUCUUCAGAGAGUUAUUCCUGGGAUCAUAUAAUGCAGGAUACAGCUAUAUUUGCCAGAGUGUGGAUUAUUCUGAUAAUGUGAAUGAAGUCAGAAUAGCUGCUGCUCUGUGGUGGUACUUUGUAUCUAAAGGAAUUGAGUAUUUGGACACGGUGUUUUUUAUCCUAAGAAAGAAAAACAACCAAGUCUCUUUCCUUCAUGUGUACCAUCACUGUACAAUGUUUACGUUGUGGUGGAUUGGAAUUAAGUGGGUUGCAGGGGGGCAAGCAUUUUUUGGAGCCCAAAUGAAUUCCUUCAUCCACGUGAUUAUGUACUCUUACUACGGGUUAACUGCCUUUGGCCCAUGGAUUCAGAAAUAUCUUUGGUGGAAACGAUACCUGACCAUGUUGCAGCUGGUUCAGUUCUUUGUGACCAUCGGGCACACGGCACUGUCUCUCUACACGGAUUGCCCCUUCCCCAAGUGGAUGCACUGGGCUCUGAUUGCCUAUGCGAUCAGCUUCAUAUUUCUCUUCCUCAACUUCUACGUUCGGACAUACAAUGAGCCCAAGAAGUCAAAAACGGGGAAAACAGCUGUGAAUGGUAUUUCAGCCAAUGGUGUGAACAAAUCAGAAAAACUGGUGGUAGAAAAUGGAAAAAAGCAGAAAAAUGGAAAAGCAAAAGGAGAGUAAAUUGAACUGGGCCUUAACUGUUGUUGACUCCAGUGAGGAAUUUCCCGUCUCAUAUAAGAUUUCAGGGAAAACAGAAGCAAAUGAGGGUUUCGGGGUGGGGAGGAAAAAGGCAAAUGUGCUCCUAUGUAUUAGUGACCUUUAGAUUGAGUAAAGUGUUAAAUACUGUACCCUGAUGUUUUAUUUAUGAAGUUUUUAUUUUAAACAUUUUUUAUUAGCUUUGAUAUUGUCUAGACCAAAGCAAUUAUUAUGUAACUUUGGAGGCUCUCUGUCACAUCCAUUUGUCUAAUGCAUGAAAUUUUUCAUGUAUCUUAUAUACAGUCAUUCUUCAGUCUGAUGAUCACAGAAACACAGUCUUUAUGAGUUUUUUUUUGGCUAAAUUACUAAUUACUUACUGAUUAAAAUCAGUUACCCUACAUUUUUCUGGUCCAAAGCUGGACAUGCAGAUACUUUAAAAUUUGCACAUUUGAAUUCAUUUGCUGACUGACUGAAAUGGUUGAAUCUCUCCACCACUAGUCUGAAAUACCCUUUUGGUUGUAAUUAAAUUAAAAAAUCUGAUGAUCUCUAUAGACUUUUAGAGGCUUGAUGAUGAUGGUGUUGGUGAAAAAAAGAAUUACAGUAAAAUCCUGUGUAGCGACCCAAAGGUCGCCGUGACUUGUGGCACAAAUCACUGUGGGAAACAGUUUUGCGACUUAAACGCAGCCUUUCAAUACUUCUAUCAGAAAUAUAUAUUAUGCAAAUUACGAUUAAUGUCUGAUUGGAACACGAAACAACUCAUGUCUUUAUUGGUAACAUCAUAAAAUUGUUACAGAAACGUGCUGUUAGACGACAGUAUGUUGAUUUUUAUCAGACUUUUAAUGUUUUGAUUUGUGGCUGUUACCAAGUUUUCAUAUGUGGAAAUAUACCUACCUCUUCUGUUGGAAAGAACAUUUAAAAUUAAAUAAAUUUUAAUUAAAAAAAUCAAGGAGUCCUCUAAUGUAGAUUUCAAUAUUAACUUUAUUAACUUUUGAAUCCACUAGUGUUUUUUUGUUUUUUGUUUUUGUUUUAUUACAAAUGGCGUACACCAGACUUUUCUGUGAAACUAUUCUCUUUCAAUGUGUUUAAUUUUGGAGUGAUAUUUUCCUUGUGAUAGGGUUGCAAGAUCUUAUUUAUUAACUAGAUGAAGUGUAAACCCAUUUUGGUGCAAUAUUCUUGACUCCUUGGUGCUAAAGAUCAUUAAAAUUAGUGCUUGAUUGUUACAAGGUGUUAAUUGUUAAGACACAAAAUGAAUAACAGUAAGAGUAGUCAGAACCAGAAAGUUAAAUUUGCUAUUUGUGAAUGAAGUACUUUAUGUAAUAUAUAUGAACAACUGUACAGUGUCUCAUUACACAGGUGAAAAUGUUAGGGGUAUUGCACAGGCAUCAUUAUGGGAAGAGAAAAUGUGACCGAUAAAAAAGCAUGAAUAUUUCUAUAUUUCUCAAGAUGUCAAAACUGCAUGUGCAGGAUGUAUGCUGCUUCUGCAGACCAACUGUCUCAGAAUAUUUGUACACUAUAAAAUAUUUAUUGUGCAUUAAAAUUACACACUUCCCCCUCCCUGAGGCAUGCAGUCAUGAGAAUUACAGAAACUUUGCAACACAUAAUAGUUUGGCCUAAGAGGAUUCAACACCUAUGUUUUUGCUGCUCAGUGUGUAAUGACUAGAGAUUUGUAAAUCUUUGUGAACGUUCUGUACUGGUUCCCCAGAGCUAUUCAUUCCCUACUACCUGAUUUCAGCAAAAUAAAUAUACUACUACUGUGGGGAAAAUGA